CAGAAAUCAGAUUGACAUCGUACAAUGGCUCCUACAAUUUUCAUCGUUCCUGGGUUUUAUGAAGGCCCCGCGGUCUUCCAACCUCUCGCCGACAGCCUCAAUGGACGAGGCUUCAAAACAGUGAUCACGACUAUUUCCAGCACUGGCAAGACUCCUCCAGACAGCCCAAACAUGGAUGAUGAUAUCGCGAACAUCGCCAAGGACCUUGCUCCUGUCGUUGAGGAAGCAGGUGAUGAAGGCGUCGUUGCAGUCAUGCACUCAGCAGGUGGCUUUAUUGGGAGCGGUGCCCUCAAAGGCCUGACUUCUCAAGCCAGGCAGGAUUCUGGGAAGGCUGGAGGUGUGAAGAAGAUCAUCUUCAUCACAGCUGGGCUGGCACCUGAGGGCUAUGAACAAGGGCCAAUGGAGUUCUUUGACUACCAUGAGUCAAACGGUACGCAGUCUUGUAAAGACCCCAGGAACUUGCUUUACGGUGACUUCUCAGACGAAGAGGCCAGCGAGUGGCUUCCAGGUCUUCAACAUCAAGCUGACAGAGGUUGGGCGACCAAGGUUCAGUACUGCGGUUGGAGAGAGGUACCAAGUGUCUACAUCAUCUGCGAGGGGGAUAGGAUACUACCUGUUGAGCUGCAGGAAAGGUUCGCGGGUCUGGCAGGCAGUGAGGUUAUGAAGGUUGAUGCUGGACAUAUGGUACAGUUGAGUCAGACUGAAAAGGUGGCCGGCAUCAUCGCUUCACACGCGAAUUAA